UUUCAACUGCCAGCACCCGCCAUUCGGGCAGGCCGCCACUGACCGGAAUUUAACCGAAGCCGUCUCACAUCCUCUUCCUCACUUCCCGGAUCCAUCGGUUCCUUUCCAUUCUUGUUCCCGUUUCUUUCCACCAACUCCUUCCAUAACUCCGACCCUCGAUUCCAACACCAAACCCUCCCGGAUUGUCGGCUGCAGGCGUCGUCGUCGUCUGAGUCCAAGGUGGGAAAGUUAAGCAAAGCUGAAGGCAUGUUCCUUAUUUUGCAAGCGUGGUGCUCAUAAGGAACCACGACCCCUCUUCUUUGCUGGCGGGCUAACACCAAAUGGCCCAGCUGUUGAACCAUCAGGAGUCCGCAUUUUAUGGCAAGGAAUUGCAUGGGUGCAGAUGGGGCAUUCUUCAGUUCUUUGGAUUUCGCCAGCGCCUCCGGAACACAAAGAUGCUAUCUGACAAGAAACAUGGCCAGGGGAAAAGCAGUGGUCGAAAUAGACGUCGAAGCUCUUAUGCUCCAUUGAAAAACGAAGACAGUGGCAUCGUCGACGAUGAGAAAAACACUGAAGUUACAAAAAAGCAGAAGGCCUCAAAAAAGAAUUCUGGUAAGGCUAGUUUGAGGUCUUUGAUUCUCAGGAAAUUAUAUGGAAAGGAAGGUCAGAAAGAAAAGAUGCUUCCUGUGGCACCAAAGCUACUGCGCACUAUUUCGAUACACUAUCUGGAAAGCAAUGAAUAUGUUCUUGAUGGUGAAACCACUUCCAGUGAUGAUGGCUCUUCGCAUAGUACUGCAUUGCAGAGGAUGCAAAAUGCUACCAAUACAAACUUGCACCAUGCUGCAUCCGAUACCGCGGGUGGUCAUGAUAGUGAUACAAGUUCUUUACUUCUCCUAAAGACAGGCGACAGCCAUGUGAAGAAAAAGAGCCACCGUAGCAUUUCAAUGGAUGGUGUUCUUCAUAAGGUCCCUUAUGGAAAGAAGGUGUCUGGAGACGUAAUCAGCGACGAACUUCCCAGAUCAGCCUCUGCCACGUAUGAUAGGGAUGGUUUGAAACCUUACAUUGGUAUUGCUGCAAAGAGGCACGCAAAUCAAGGUUUUCGGCGUUCACAUUCCCUCACUGAGUCCUUGGAAAGUUACUCUCGCUUACUUGAUUCCAUUGCAAGUAGUGACUCCAAAAGAAUGCUGACAAUCUCGAAAUCUACUAGGGAUCAUUCUUUGGAUGGCCCUAGUGUGAUGAGUUCAUCUCAAAGAACAUCAAAUGCUGAGUUCAAUGAAAAUCUUAUAACUUCAGAAGAUGCCUUGGCAUCACACGUUGCAGAGAAAACUGAUGUUGGAGAUAUGAAAGUUGCUAUGGGUGAGAGCUCUAGUGAUGAAGUUGCUGGUGGCUCUGAAAAUCCUGCUUUGCUUCAAGAGUGCAUCCAUGACAUAAAGUGUCACGUUGCAAUAUCAACUGAAGUCGACUCACGUACCACUCCUUCACCUUCAGAAAUUGUCGAUAUCUCAGAAGAACAAGUAGCAACAUGUGAUGGUAAUGAUCAGGUUUUCUCAUCAACCGAAGUCGAUUUGUGUGGUGUAGGUUCAACGUCAGAAGAAACUGAUAUCCCAGAAGAACAUGCAGCAGCUUGUGAUGAUUAUCAGAUCCACUCAGAUUCAUGUACUGCUCUACCUUCAAAAGAUACCAACAUUGCAGAAGAACACAGAACAACUUCUCAUGACAAUCAAAUGCACUCAUUCCAGAUUUCAAAACCAAUAGAAGGUACCUUCUGUGUUCCUGACCCCAGUCACGAAAUUGAAGCUGACAUAAGUCUAAGCUGCGAACAAGAAAAUGAAAGUCCAAUGUCUGUUCUUGACAUGGCCUUCUCAGAUGAUCCUGCUAGUCCGGUGAAACAUACACCACUGGAUGAUACAUCGCUGAAGCCAAGAAUUCUGCAUUUAAAUGAUACUGAUGUUUCAACUGGCAUUGAUGUUGUACAAAAAAGUGACUUUGAUGACCUGAAUGGUCUCCAAGUAGAUCCGGCAUACGAAGUUGAGUACAACUAUGUGAAGGAUAUAUUCAAGAAGUCUAGCUUCAGCAACGAAAUGGUGUUUGAUGAAUGGUACUCGCGGAACAUUACAGCUCUCCAAGAAGAGGAUUGCCAACACUACGAGGCUGCUGCAGCAGCAUUCGACUUCACUGAUAUGUCUGCUGAUCAGCUACUUCUGUUUGACUUAACAAACGAAGCACUACUUGAUAUUUACAAGAAAUAUUCUGUUUCUAAGUCUGAACUCUCUUGGUUUUCAUCUUUUGAUAGACCAAAACCUGUGGGACACCUUGCCCUUAAGGAAUUAUGGUCUAAAGUGAGCUGCCAUCUGAACGAACAGCCACGAUCCAGCACAGAAGUCGACAUGAUUUUAUCUAGUGACCUAGCCAAGAGUGAUCGCUGGAUGAAUUUUCAGAGAGAUACUGAUCAUCUAGGGAACAAGUUGGCAGACCUUGUACUUAACAAGCUUGUGACUGAGCUCAUUCGUCAGGUUGCAGAGUUUUGAGUCUAGAUGGUUAUUUUGUCCCCAUUUUUUGGAUUAGGAGUUCUAUAUUGUGCAAAUGCAUGGGAUCAUUCUGAUGUACAUAUUACAAAUUCGUUUUGUUUUCCCUUGAGGAAAACACAAUUCUUAGGAAUUCAAUUCAUGUGCUGGAAAGUUUUGCCUUUUUUAACGUAAGAAAGUUUUGCAUGUUGACUACUAGUAUAAAUGAAUGAAGGAAUUGUUUUGCACUA